UGCUAGAGAGAAGGGACAUGUUAGAGGCUGGCAGGGCCGCGGAGCCGCUUGUCUAGACAGGGGGUAACGGGCACCCUUUGAGAGAUGGACACCGAGGCGUGAGAAGGACGGACGCGGAUUUGAGCAGCUUGAAGCGGGACUCGGUGUCUCCCCCUCCUCACCUCCCGGACGGCCAUAAGGAAGAGUUGUUUUCUGUUAGAAAUGUGGGAGAUGGUGGCGUUGCCCAGAUCGAGCUCUCCCUUCCUGUCGUCUAGGACAAGAUGGCAGCAAUGCAGGCGAACUGUGCAUGGGAUGGAUUUAUAAGUCCAUAACAUGCUCAGAGAAGCCCUGGAUUAUAUUUAAAGUGACUCUAUGUGAAGGUAUGGCCUCACAAGUCUUGGUCUACCCACCACACAUUUAUCAAACCCAGACAAGUGCCUUUAGCAGCGUGAAGAAACUCAAAGUUGAGCCCAGCAGCUGUGUGUACCAUGAGAGGACUUUUCUGAACAGCAGAACCCUUGGCAUUGUGCACCCGACCAAACAAGCCCACUCGUUUGUGAAUCGAGACUUGGCAGUGGGCCUGAGAGCACGUGGAGGGCCGCAGUACCCGGUUCAGACGGUUGUGGUUCGUGGCGUACAAAGACAACAGCCUGGUAAAAGAAGAGGGGGACCAGGCCCACUUGCGGCCCAGCAGCAGCAGCGCGAGACGAGGGUCGUCCACUCACAGGGCAAGGAGCAGCAGCAUCAGGAGGUCAAAGAAAGUGGGAGCAGCGGUGGAGCAACAGGAGCAGGAGGAGGGGGAAGGGGAGAGGGCUGCAGUGGGGGAGUUGAGGAAGGAGGAGAGCAGGGUGAUAGAGAGGAGAACUGUGAAAGUUUGAACUCAGCUGACAGCUCUCAGCGAUGUGGGCUGAAACGUAAAAGUGAGGACUUGGAUAACCGAGGGAGCACCAUGCAGAUUGUGGAGGAACUGUCAAUGUUGCCUGCCAUGUUGCAAACAACGAAUGUGGGGAAUGCAGCCGUUACAGCACCGGCGGUUGUCGGGGCUGGGGGAGGCCCCUCCAAACAGGGUGUAGGGCAUGGGGGGUUAUGUGCAACUGGAGGGACAGGAGGAGGGGAUGGGGACUAUCAGGUCGUACAACACGAAGUCCUGUGUUCCAUGAAGAAUACUUAUGAAGUGCUCGAUUUCUUGGGACGUGGCACGUUCGGCCAGGUAGUGAAGUGCUGGAAGCGGGGAACAGGGGAGGUUGUGGCUGUAAAGAUCCUGAAGAACCACCCUUCAUACGCUCGGCAGGGUCAGAUCGAAGUUGGGAUCCUCGCUCGCCUGAGUGGGGAGAACGCCGAUGAGCACAACCUGGUGCGGGCCUUUGAAUGCUUCCAGCACCGCAGCCACACUUGCCUCGUAUUUGAGAUGCUAGAGCAGAAUCUGUACGAUUUCCUGAAGCAGAAUAAAUUCAGCCCGCUACCGUUGAAGGUGAUCAGACCGGUGUUAGAGCAGGUUGCAACUGCUCUGAAAAAGCUGAAGAGCAUGGGUCUGAUUCAUGCAGACUUAAAGCCAGAGAACAUAAUGCUGGUGGACCCAGUAAGGCAGCCCUACAGGGUGAAGGUAAUCGAUUUCGGCUCCGCCAGUCACGUGUCCAAAGCAGUGUGUUCGACGUACCUUCAGUCUCGGUACUAUAGGGCACCAGAGAUCAUUUUGGGAUUGCCGUUUUGUGAAGCCAUAGACAUGUGGUCCCUAGGAUGUGUGAUAGCGGAGCUUUUUCUCGGCUGGCCUCUGUACCCCGGAGCCCUGGAGUAUGACCAGAUUCGCUACAUCUCGCAGACACAAGGUUUGCCAGGCGAACAUUUGCUGAAUACGGGGACGAAGACAGCACGGUUCUUUUGCAAAGAGUCAGACUCACCUUAUGCAGCAUGGAGACUGAAGUCAACAGAUGAGCACGAGGCGGAGACGGGGAUGAAAUCAAAGGAAGCCAGGAAGUACAUCUUCAGCUGUUUGGAUGACAUAGCGCAUGUGAACUUGAUGAUGAAUCUGGAAGGUUGUGACUUGUUAGCGGAGAAGGCAGACCGCCGGGAGUUCGUGAGCCUACUGAAAAAGAUGCUGCUGAUCGAUGCGGAGGAGAGGAUUGCCCCUGCCGAAGCUCUGGUUCACCCAUUUGUGACGAUGCAACACCUGCUUGACUUCCCCCACAGCAACCAUGUGAAGUCAUGUUUCCACAUCAUGGACGUUUGUUGGACUCGAUCCUCUGGAUAUGAAGCUGUCAACAGAAAUAAAGGUCCUUUCGUCAGACCUGUAACUACAACCACUGCUGCCUCAGCCAACCUCCCCUUCAGUAAGAUCCCAGCCGUUCAUACCCAAGGGUUAGUUCCACCCGCACCGUCAGUGAUGCACCCUGGGAUACCGCUGCAGACUGGCGGUGCCCAGUUUGGAUGCAAUGACUCAUUUCAGCAGGCUCUCAUUCUGUGUCCCCCGACAAUACCAGGUAUCCCUUCUAACAGUGCUAAACCACCUGGCUACCCCGUCCGUAUGGAAGCUUCUGUACCUCUGGUUACUCAAGCGCCAUCGAUCCAGCCCUUACAGAUCAGACCUGGAGUCAUCACACAGGCCUGGUCGAGUCGGGCGCAGCAGAUCUUGGUGCCCACUUGGCAGCAGGUUACAUCUGUGCCCCCACCACCAACCACACUGGCAUCUGACUCUGUGACUGGCACACAGAGACUGAGUGACUGGGGGAAAGUGCGUCCCCAUGGUCCCCAUUUCAGCUCCAUGAUUGCACAUCCUCAGCCAUUCUUAACCAACCAAAUGACCAUGUCCACCCACCAGCCGGUGAACAUAGGUAUCGCACAUGUGGUGUGGCCACAGCCAGCUGCCAACAAGCGAGCAAAGCCGUGUGGGAACAGGGGUAGCAGCACCUCCCAAAACACAAAUAUCCAAAUUGUGGCAUGCCAGUCCCCAAAGAUGGCCGACACAGCAAAGAAUGUGGAGGAAAUUGAGGAGGAGGGAGCUAGAUGUCAAGAAGAGGUGCGCUCCGUAGGAGAGGGGCGAGUAGAUCAGGUGGAGGAGGAUGAGGAGGAGAGCUGCUGUAAAGUGGAGCCAGACUGUGAGGAGCUCUCAGUUUCACAGGAACAGCGGCAAGAAAUGUUGAUCUCUGGCCUUGCCAGUCCGACUGUUAGCGUUAUCAGUAUCAGCAGCGAUGAAGAGGGGGAUGCACAGAGACACUCAAUGGGGGAAUGUAAGGGCAGCGCAGAUUGUGAAGCAUGUCAGAGCACUGUCAGCAUGGAGAGGGUCUGUUCCCUCAGCAGUCCAGACAGUACGCUCAGCACCAGCUCUUCAACUUCAGCCCAGUCCAACAACUCCCCGUGCAAACAGCCCAACAGCAUGUCAGAUGACGAGCAGGAGUGUGGUUGUGACACGGCGGAGAGCUCGCCUGCCUCGCACAACUCCGACCACAGCAGCAGUCCCUUUACAGAGCGGCGCUCCAUCGCCGACAGCAACCAGAACUGUGAGCCGCGUAUGGCGUGCAUCGCCCCUGUGACUGAGCCCAGCAAGCCGACAGUCCGCACUGUGGUCGUGCCUCCAAUGAGGGUGCAGAACAACAACAGUGAAAUAACUGGAAAUGCAGGUCACAUGGUCUGGGAUUACGCAGUGUUAGUAGGCCACAGAGGUUCUCACAGAGUCUCUGUGCCAUUACAAAGGGCGAGGCAUUCCUGGGCGACAGCAUCACCACUCCACACCACUACUCAACCGGCCGCAGAAAAUCACCACCGUGUUCCAGUCCCAGCAACAGCAGCCUAUUGGCUUUGGACAGGUUCAGCAUUUCCCUUCAUGCCACCAAGAAUGGAACGGGAACUUUGCCAACCGGCGACCGCAGGCCUACAUCCCUCCCACCAUGCAUGGCCACACCUUUACACUGUCCCACAGCAGCCCCAACCACGUAACGGGCCCCCACCCCCACCUUGGAGGGCACCCGCAUUCUCAGCCUACCCUCCUGUCCUACCCGUCGUCUGGUCCUCUUGUUACAGCGACCCCCGUGGCCCACCUCCUGGCAUCCCCUGGUGCCUCCCGCCCUGUCCUCCAGCCCACCUAUGGCAUAUCCCACCCAGCAGGCAUCGUGCACCAAGUGGCAGUGAGCAUCAACCCCCGGCUGCUGCCCUCCCCCACCCUGCAUCCACAGAGCCAAUUCAAACCUCUUUUCCCCCCUCACUCCUACAUCGCCUCGCCUGCUUACGGCAGUUUCCCCCUCAGCCCUACCAAACUGAACCAGUAUCCCUACAUCUGAGCGUGGCCAUGAUAGCGUUCCUACCACCUGGGGGCUAAGCAGGGCAACAGCCUAUCUGAAUCCACAAACAUGGUUUUCAUCACUGAUAAAAAAAAAAACAGAAACCAUGGCACAACCACAGAGAAAACAAGCUAUUUUUUGAAUCAUUUAGACUUGGUUGUAAUUGAACUUUGAGCUUUAAAAUGAAAAAGAGAGAAGAGAAAAAAAAAGAUUUCCAACAGAGCAGAUGAUUUGGCAAAAAUUAAAGAAGGAAAUAAUGUAUGAAUGACUGAAUGAAAGAAUGAAUGAGUAGUUUAAGUCACACUUAAUGUGUUUUGCACAUUUGAUAUAUCUUUGCAUUGGAUCUUCUACGAAUACUCCUCAAGACAGGUAAAUAAUUGGGGUGUUGUUGAAUAGUUAGAAACCCCCCGGUCCCAGCUAUUUUUCUACAUUGCCUUCUUAUGUGUGCAAGACACAUCCAUAUUUGUAAAGCCAUCCGAGCCUCUAGUUGUAGAUCGACGGAUGCACAUGUUGUCCACGGUGUAUGUUGUACCGCGUUUGAAGUAUUCGUACCUUUUCGGUGUCUUUUCGGUGUCGCAAUGUCAAGUCAGUUAUCCGAUUUAACUAGGGUCGUUCACGCUGCAUGUGGUCUUGCAUGAGCAAAAAUGUAAACGGAAAGAUGCAUAGACGUUGCCCCUAUCGUUUGUGUCACAAGACUCGCUGCAUUGUAUAACUGUCCCCAGCCAUAGUGCCUUACAUAUUUGAGGUUGUUAAUGUUACUACUUAUAUAUGACUAUAUACAUGAAUAUUAAUGUACUGGACUGCAGCACUUGAAAUUCCAAUCAGUCGAUGCAUCCUAUGUGUGAGUAUAUAUAUGCACAUGUGUAUAUGUUCCAUGCAUAGCCUGCAUGGAUGUGAUGUAUCGCGGAGAGCGGUGCUUACUUUUUUUCGGAGUCUAUGUAUAUUUCAGUGUGUAGUGAGUUCCUUUUUCUGUUCUUUCAAGAAGAACGGCAUGCUUUUGCUGUUGCGAAUGCCUGCUGUUUCCUGAUAAACAUUAGAUUUUUUUUUCUGCCCUCUCUGUUUCCGAAUGAACUAGUGUACAAAGUGCAAGUACUGAGUAUUGCUUAACAUUUGAUAAUCACUUUCUAUUUAGUGAAACUCUUACUACUAACAGUAUUUGUACUGUUUAAAAACUGCAAUACAAUCUAAAUAGUCGUUGGUUGAAUAUUUCUUUUUGUUUUUUUUGUUUUUUUUAUUGUCUUUUUGAUUUGAUUUGUGUUUUCUUUGUUUUUUUUAGAUGUUUAGAGGUGUGACAGGCAUGGCUUUGAUUAGGUAGGUUUAAAAAAAAAAACAGAACAUGCAAAUUCAUUUUACGGUUUGGAAUAUUCUUAGCCUGGGCAAACCAUGCAGUGUUUGAUAUACACACAUAUAUGACAUAUAUUAUAGAGCUAGAAUAUUUAGUACAGAUGCUUGUUAAGGUGUGAGGUAAUUGUGUGCAAUUCUCUCAUUUAUGCAUGUGUGACAAACUUAACUUUUCCCUUUUACAUUAAUACCAUUUGUUAAAGGCUUAAUGCUUAUCAGUGUCAACUACUUUUAUACAUUCCGUCAGGGAGGAUAUAGAUACAUAUAUAUGUGUGAUAAUGGCAUAUAUAUAUAGAUAUACAUAUAUAUAUGUGUAUAUAUAUGUAUAUGUGUGUGUGUGUGUUUUAUUUACCUUGUUGAUUUACAGUGGCUCAAAAAUACACAUCCCUGCAAAAAUGCCAGAUAUGUGUGAUUAUAUAGACAUGAGGAUUUGAUUAAUCAUUUCAGACUUAUUCUACUUUUAAUGUGGCAUUUUUUUACUGUACCAAUAAAGUGAAAUAAAAGCAACCAAAAUUUUUUAAGCAAGAUGUAAAAGGAAAAAAAAAACAAAAAAACUAAUCCGACAGAUUCCCCUUAGAUUAAAACUUUGUUGAAGCAACUUCAGUCCUUUUCCUGCGUUCAGUUUUCCUAAUUUUACACAAGUGAGUUCUAUUAACCUGAAAUAAAGCUUAGCAGUCCAUCUAGGAUUGUGCUUCUAUGUGUUCAUUCGGUUCCGUUAGGUAAAGCUAUAGUUCAUUGAGGAUUAACGAGAUCUUGAUGUAGACAGUUUUCAGAGAGGAGGUAGUUGAACAAUCCUACAGCGGUAAAGUUAUUUACCAAUGCCAGAAUGAACGCAAGCUUACAUCCAAGCUAAGAAACAAAGUAUUUCAUUUGAAAAUAAUGGAAUUCAAGAUGAAAGAACCAAGUUUGACUAAAACAAAUCUGUUGCAGAGAGCCAUGCACAGAAGAUGUUGAUAUAAACUGAGACGUUUAAGCUUGGUAGAGGGAACUUGUGAUGCUUAGUCAAGAUACGGGGAACUAAUGGAGGCUGAAUGCUGAAACUGAAUUGAAAGAUGUUACAAUAAAGUACUUGAUUUUAGUUUCAAUGUUCGAUUUUACAUGCUAACCUUCCAGAAACCUGACAUUUUCACAUGGAUGUGUCCUCAGUUGACUAAUCUGUUGUGUGUCCAUUUUUUUCCCCCUCUUUGCUAUUGUCUUUUGUUUUUCAAAUGAAGUCGCUCGUGCAGCACCAAAGACUGUAAUUCGUUUAUUCAGCAAGGUAGCUAUUCUUAGCUAUUCUGUUUGCAUAGACCUCAGUUAUACUGUAGUUGUAUUUCAAGGUUUUGUUUCAAAGAAAAAAAAAAGUUCUAUUUAAAAAAAAAAAAAAAAACACGAAAAAAAAAUGUUUUGUCUAGCUUAUUGGGCAAUUAAUGAGUCGUAUCAUUUCUUGAAUGUAUCAUAGAUAAGCUGCUAUAUGAUGAUUGCCACUUCAAUAGCUGUGAAAUUAGGUGAUUUCGCUCUGAGUUUAAACUUAGCAUUUUGUAUAGGUCCCUAAUUAUCUGAACUAGAAGUGGUUUUGAUUUCUGUGUUUCGUUCAUAUUUGGAGUGUCACUGUAACUACUGUACUUGCUGAUGAUGAACAUUAGUUGCAUUUGUUGUUAUUCGGGGUGCGUGUUUUUUUCAGCAUCAGUAUUUUAUCCUUAUUAACCUCUCGGGCUCGUCACUGCAUAUAAACGAUGUAUCGAUGUAACUUAAGUUUUGUAUGUUUCCAUAUCAAUGUUCUGUACACAUCUGACGCUGUAGCUUGCAGGACUGAUUUAACUUUCUCAUUGCACAAACACCUUGUAUCACUUUUUAGUGAGUUGUGGGAGCACUGUGAGAUGCCAGAACACAAACAAGAACAACAAAAGAACAGCGUGUCUCAGUCACAUCGGUCACACUAACCCACUUCAUACUAAGCUCUUCCACAUCUAUUGAGGCCUGGAAAACAUUUGAUUGAGAUAAGAUACUUAAAUUUUUACCCCCCCCAAAAUGUUUUUUUGCUCCAAAGCAGUUUUUCACAACUUUUACUUCUUGUCAAAACGAUUCCAGGUAUUUACAGCAAACUGUUUUCUCUGUUUAAUGUUGCUUAGAAUAUCGCUUUGACGUUCUAACCUGCCUUGCGUUCAGAUCGCUCCCCCUUUAUGAGUGACUCGUAUCAAAGUGUUUUUGUCAGUGCUAGGCGGUGGCCGUUGUUACGUGUCCUUUAUUGAAACUGAGACAGUGUAAGCAGCACUGUGCAUGUGCCUUGAGAUCCAGACCGUGAAAAAAAACAGACAAAAAAAAAAAAGGCAGAGAAUCCCAAGAUUAUUUAGGUAGCAACCGCUUUAGAGAAAAGACGGAGGGAACAAACAUUUCCAGUAGGACUUCAUCUUAGAGUCUUUUGACUCCAGAUCUAUUAGAAAGGAGCGAUGAAGCCUCUGUGUGACCACAGCCUGCUAA